AGAAAAAAUAUAAUGAUUAUGGGUUAUAUGUGAUGUUUUAUCUUAUUAGAAUAAAAAAUUUAUUUUAUUUUUGUAACCAACAAGUCCCAAACUUUUUCUUCCUAAACGAACCCUAAUAAUUGUUUUAUUUAAAUUGGGAAGGAUUAAAUUGAAAUUUCACAUUAAAAUUUGAGGGGGUAAUAGUAAAGAUGAAAGUAACGCCGAAAGAUGUGAAAACUCCUCCAAUUCAAUGUCAUAUCCUGUUAGGCUGUUAGCCUCUCAACCAAGAUUAAAAUAUCGUUACAACACUUCCUGUCUCCAUCUCUCUCGAUCUAUAUUAAUACCCAUAUUUCCAUGUCCCUCGUCUUCUGUAAAAUCCUUCAAUUUCAGGUACACAGUUUAUAAAAGCAAACCACCUUUGGAUCUCUUUCUCUUGGUAAAGUUGGGAUUUUUUUUUUUGCAAUUGAAGCGCGUAAAUUGGUGGGUUCUGACAGAGUUUAGUUUAUUCGAUCAAAGUGGCUUUUGAGUGUUAGAAUUUGAGGUGAAAAAAUGGAGGACGAAAAGAAGAAGAAGAAAAACAAGAAAAAGAAGAACAAGCAGACUAAAACAACAGGUGAUGUGGUCACCCAUGGUAUUGGAGAAUCGACUUAUGAAGAUCAGAAUCAUGUCAUUGAGCAUAAUCAUCACUAUCAGGUUUUGGAGACUACAGAUGUUCAAAAUGAGGGGCCAAAAACUGAUGUGGAUCUGGAUCUGGAUAGACGUUGCAUAAAUGGUACCAAAGAUUCAUCAGUAUUUUCUGAAGCAGAGAAGCUGUAUUGGAUGGACAAAGGGGCUAGCUUGGAAGAGACAAUCAAAAAAAUACAAAAAGAAAAUGAUACACACAUACAAAAAGGGGCUUGCUUGGAAGAGAAAAUAACGACAUUACAAAAGGAAAAUGCUGCGCACAUACAGAAAGAGGCUAGCUUGGAAGAGACAAUUAAAAACUUGCAAAAGGAAAAUGAUGCACACAUGCAGAAAGAGGCUUCUUUCGAGAUGAAACUUUUGCAAUUACAGAGUGAGAGAGGUUCUUGGCUUCAGAAAGAGGCUGGCUUUGAGGAGAAAAUUAAUAAGUUGAUAGAUGAAACAGCUAUUUUGAGUUUGAAAGGGUUGAGCUUAGAGGAAAAAAUCAAACAAAUGGAGGGGGAGAGAGAUUCUUGGGUCCAAAAAGAGAACUCAACGAAAGAAACAGUUGAUAGCCUUAGUGGUGAUAACACAAGACUGCAAGCAAAGGUGAUGGAGUUGGAAGAAUCCGGUAACUAUCUCUUACGAGAAAACCAGCAGCUGGCAGAAAGCAUGUCUGGUCUUCAAUCCCAGAUCCAGAAUCUUGAGAAGAGUAUUGCUUCUGCUCAUACAUCAACUAUGCAGCCAAUGCAUGCUUCUGGAGGUGAGGACACAAACACUCAGAUGGAUGCUGCACAGCAACUGGUUGAGAAAUUGGUUACCGAAAAUGCAGAGCUUGUUGAGAAGGUGAAUGAAUUAUAUGUCGAGCUCGAUCAACAGGGUGUAACAUCUGACCUCUCUCAAGAUGUUGGAUCUGAACUGACUGCUGGAACUGCCGAAAAAAUCUAUGUUGCCGAUUCUAUAUCUGAAUUUAGCAAGAGGACAUCUGCAUAUGAUGAGAGACCAGAUUCCCCCAAACAUGUUCUGAUUAAAGACACGAGCGAUUGUGGUGAUGGUGUGAAUGCCAAGGAUAUUGCCCAUAUUGCUGGCUCCAUAGCUGAUUCCAUGGAAGAUGUUGCUAUUAAAGCCGAGGGGGACGAUGGUGAAUAUAUUUAUGCGAAGGACACAGCUGUUAUACCGAACUCUCCAGAUACAGUGGACUCUGAAGAAAUUGUGCAGAUUCCGUUGGAUGAGAACGAAGUUGGGGAUCCUGGGUUGCAGCUGACCCAUGAUGAUCAAACGAUCCAUGUCCCAAUCACCGAUGCUCCACUAAUUGGGGCUCCUUUCCGCUUAAUAUCUUUUGUUGCUAGGUAUGUUAGCGGUGCUGAUUUGGUAAGCAAGAGCUCUGUGAAUUCAGAGACAGUAAAUUCGCACGAGUAAUUUGGGAUGAUUCAUUCAUUGUCAUUGUAGCGAGAGUGAAAUUUCACGUACCUUUGAUUAGAGAAGGACCCAAAUGUGGUCAUAUACAUUGUUUUGUGAUAAACACAUGAUAGCUGUUUUGGUAAAGGAUAUACUGCUAAAUUUUACGAACAUUGUUUUGACUUGUACUAUGACGUUGUUGUACAUUGAAAAAACACAACAAUUUUAGUUUGGACUAUCGUUGGAUUCCCUUGGUUUUGCAGUGGCCCAAUAUGUGAUAUGUAAUGUAUUGCUAGUGAAUGUGAAA